UGGACUUUGCGCUCACAGAAAAUUUCAGUACCAUGCGCCAUGUCCUACAUAUGGCUACGGAAAGAGAUGAAAUCUUCUCUGGUAGCCAACCAUGUGGCUACUUACCACGGUGAAGCAGUUGCAGUUGCACAGAUUGCGGGGAAGGGCCGGGUUCUCCUAGCGAAUGUGGACUUUGAACCAGGAGAGCGGAUUCUGCUUGAAUACCCACUGAUUGAGGUUGUUGCUGAUGACUCGAUUCCAGCAUUCCAAGUGCUGCAAAGGCUUGAGCAGGAUGGCCAGCUGGAGUUUUCCUUGAUCUUCUACUGGGCAGCCCUGUCUUCUUUGACCCAGCCAGAGGACAAGUCUUCCCGUAUUGGGCGGAUGGUGGCAGCAGCUUUGGUGCCUCCCUGGCGCGCUGUGCCCAAAGAGACUCAGGUGCAGGCGCUGGAAUUGCACACACCAGAGCUCACUGGUCCGUCUCCGAGUGUGUUGAAGAUCCUCGAAGCACUCUGGGGCUACGCGGCGGAAGCACCCGCAGCGCUGCUCGUGGAACAGCUUCUGCAGGUCUGGAUCUACAACUCCUUUGACCUCUCGGAGGAUGGGAAGGAGGCUGGGGUGAUCUUCUUGGCAUCUGCCAUGAUGUCGCACUCCUGUGCUCCCAAUGCCGCCUGGCACUUGGACGAGAACAACAGCUACAUCCUCCAUGCUCGCAGCCCCAUCGAGCAAGAGCAGGAGAUCACCAUCUCCUACCUGAGCCCUGAUGAGCUGAUGUUACCGAGCUCCCUUCGAAGGCAACUGCUGGAGAGCACCAAGGGCUUUCGCUGCAGCUGCUCUCGCUGUCUGGAACCAUUGGAUGUGGCCAGGGCCUUUCUUUGUACGUGUGGUGCAGAGGCACUGGCGCAUGCUGAACCAGGCCUCCAGGCAACUUCGCCCGUCCCCUGGGACACCGGUUUUGCGAACUGUGGAGUUCUCACGCGAGGGGAGCUCCCGGAUGGUCAAUGGGAAGAGCUGGUCUGCAACUCCUGUGGUCCACGCAGCGAUCUGGCGCGGGGAUUGGCCUUGGAGGCCCGGCUCUUGCCCUGGGCCAGGUCGUUCCCGGAUUUCUCCACCUUGGCAAAGGUCAGGGAGACGGCCGUGUCAGCCGACUUGGAGGUGCCCUCGAAGCUGCUGUUUCAGGCGGAAUCGCUCUUGGGUGAUCGGCAUUGGAUCCUGGAUGCCUUGCGCCAUGCGGUGGCGACCGCCGAGCCACAGCGGGCGGUCGAGCUGUUGAGCCAACGUCUGGAGGUGCACCAGGAGGACUACUGCAUGACGCUGCGUGCACGGCUUCACGUGUCCUUGGGAAAGGCGCUCUUUUCCGAGGGCCGGUUCCCGGCAGCGGAAGCUUCGUACAGGGAGGCUGCGGAGCUCUUGGCUUUGCUGUUUGGAGAUGACCAUCCAGAGCAUUUGGAAGCUGCUUCAUUGAAGCAAGCAGCUGAACAGAAGCAGGCGGACGUCCGAAAACCGGAUGCCAAGAUGCCAACGCCAAACCGAACUGCAAAGAAGCGGCGAUGAGCACAA